UUAUGUGACAUCACUCCUUUUCAGUAACAGAGGUUUAGCCUGCUUGCCUAAUUUCUAAAAUUAUAUCAGCCACAAAGAGCCCGGGCCCUUCUCUGUUUUGGCUUCCCCUCCAUAGUCCUUCCAUUUCCUGCUUGGGUCACAUGAUUGGAAUAUGGUGCGGUGAACUGGCUUCGUCUGGAGAGAGGACUUCCAAUAAAUCAGGGCCAAGAAAGAGUUUGUUGUGUUGAGGAACUUGAUACCUAAAACUUCAAGACAAAUGGACAAAUUCUCUUCCCAGGGUGGACCAUUCUAGCUUUAAUUAAUAUAAAAAUUCUUCCUGAGAGUGCUGAUACUUUUUGGAACAAAAAGAGGGAUCAAAAACCCCUCCCAUUUUCUUCAUCUGCAUGUAGGAUUUGAGAAGAAUCAAACACCAAAGCUGGAAUAAUUACAGAGGGUGAAGAUUGAUUUCGUUAUGACAAGCUGCUGCACAGAAGAUGUCCGCACUGUCUGCGACUAAUAUCGCUGAUGUUGGUCAUGGUGAGAGCAAAGUGUUUGGUGUGGCGCCUGAGCUGCAGCUGGACUCAAGUGUGGAGAAGAGGAACGGCCCCAUGGUGACGGACAACAGCCAUGACGGCCCGCCGCCCGCCCCCCACGUUGCCGGCUGCUCUGCCCAGCAGAACGGCAUCUCGCUGGGUCCCCAGGGCCUGCAGGGUGAGCCCGCAGGCCAGGAGCUGAGCUGCCCUCUCUCCAUGGAUUCCAGUGACAUCAAGCUGGAAAUGACAGGCGACAUGCUGCCUGCCAGCACAGAGGCUCAGCCGGUGAAGCGGAAGAAGGGCCCGGCCCCCAAGAUGCUGGGCAACGAGGUGUGCAGCGUGUGCGGGGACAAGGCCUCGGGCUUCCACUACAACGUGCUGAGCUGCGAGGGCUGCAAGGGCUUCUUCCGCCGCAGCGUCAUCAAGAGCGCCCAGUACUCCUGCAAGAACAGCGGCAAGUGCGAGAUGGACAUGUACAUGCGCCGCAAGUGCCAGGAGUGCCGUCUGCGCAAGUGCCGCGAGGCGGGCAUGCUGGAGCAGUGUGUCCUCUCUGAGGAGCAGAUCCGUCUGAAGAAAAUGAAGAAACAGCAUGAAGACGAGGUGGCACGCACGUCCACCGCUCCCCCAAACCCGGCCCCGGGGCUGGAGCCACCCCAGCUGGCACCAGAGCAACAGGACAUGAUCGAGAAGCUGGUGGCCAUGCAAAAACAGUGCAACAAGAGGUCCUUCAUCGACCGGCCCAAAGUCACACCGUGGCCACAGAGCCAGGACCCCCUAAACCGCGAGGUGCGGCAGCAGCGUUUCGCACAUUUCACAGAGCUGGCCAUCAUGUCCGUGCAGGAGAUAGUCGACUUUGCCAAGCAGCUGCCGGGCUUCCUUGAGCUCACCCGAGAGGACCAGAUCGCCCUGCUCAAGACCUCCACCAUUGAGAUUAUGCUGUUGGAAACAUCGAGGAGGUACAAUCCAGCCAUAGAGAGCAUUACUUUUUUGAAGGAUUUCAGUUACAAUAAAGAGGAUUUUGCAAAAGCAGGGCUUCAGUUCGAGUUCAUAAAUCCCAUAUUUGAGUUCUCAAAAGGGAUGAAUGAUCUGCACUUGGAUGAAGCAGAAUAUGCACUGCUAAUUGCUAUCAACAUCUUCUCAGCAGACCGCCCAAAUGUGCAAGACCAUGAUUUAGUGGAAAGACUGCAGCAGCCAUAUGUGGAUGCACUUCAUUCUUACAUCAGGAUAAAGAGACCAAAUGAUCACCUGAUGUUCCCACGCAUGCUUAUGAAGCUGGUAAGCCUCCGUACCCUCAGCAGCGUCCACUCCGAACAGGUCUUUGCCCUGCGCCUCCAGGACAAAAAGCUUCCGCCCCUGCUGUCUGAGAUCUGGGACGUCCACGAGUGACGGAGGACCUUGCCGUCCGCUCCUCCUGCUCAGGCACCCCACCAGUCGCUGCCUCUCGUCCUUUGUCCUGCUGAACCGUCAGAGUGCAUUUGUGGGCAGGACACCCAUCAAGGGCGGGCUGCACACAUCCGGCCCGUGGAAUCUCUGGGCCAGACAAAACAAUGCAAAAACCUUGAACUUGCUCAUGUAAUACGUGGCUUUCUUUGGACAGAUCUGUGUCAACACACGUUCUGCUUACACGCCUCUCUUUAACAUAAAUGGAAAGGAGCCACGUUCCUGGAUUUUCAAAGCCAAGGGUGGCUGAGUGACAGUUGGGAAGAUUUUUUUUCUUACUUAUCACGACAUUGUACUGUCUCUUGCAAAUGCUGUCAUGGCCGAUCCUUUCGACUACUGCUGGCACUCUUUCCUGACUGCAGACGUUGAGGGACAAUUGUCCACUUCUCCUCCUCAUUUUGACGCAUUCAGGAUGGAACCUGCAUGGCAGACAGACCUUGUUCUCUCCCUCUGUCCAGUACGUGGAGCAUUUGGAGAGUGCACAUGGGAACUGCACUUGACUCAUUGUGAUCCACAGAAAGGCCUGUGUUUAGUACUGUUGAACUAAAUUGAUUGUCAAUAUUCUGAAAUUUACUAACUUUUAAAAUGACCAGAAAGCUUGGCCUUGACAACAGUCUCCAACCUCCGAUCCAUAUCAGUGGUAAUGAUGGACAAGGCCCUGUAUGUUGGCUAGUUUUGAUGUUUAACCAUUUAUGCUUGUUCUGUGUAUGUAGGCCAUACCCACAGUAAGCCAUUCAAGUGAUGCCCUACUGGUUAGAGGCAUAAAGUAUAACACUUGGGAAGGUUUUGGUCACAUUCAAGCACCCUUAAUUACAUAAGAAAAGAACUGAAGUCCCUUCAUCGUACCGACUACCGUAUGGCAUAUUUGCAUUAAUUAUAAUGGCUUCUGCCACAUUCUUUGAGAGUUCCCAAAAGAUUAUCUUCUGUCUCCCAUUCACUGUGCUGUUUUAAAAUUCCAUGUGUAAAAUGCAUACAAGAAAGCUGAAAAAAAUUCACAUGAACAUCAGGGACAUCAAAUAUGAUUAAUCAAAAGAACUAUUAGAUUAGCUUCUCAAAUAAUUAAGUAUUCCUACUGUGUAGUGCAUAUUGGCAAGGCUUAUUGCACAAAGUGGAAUUUAUUGUAUGGUCCAAGUAAAGAGUAACUGUCUUCAAAUUUUAUUAAUGUCAUUAGCUCACCAGUUGUUGUCUUUGUUUAGAUAUGAGAAAAUAAAGCACAUUAGCAGGGAGGCAGAAUAAAAUCUAAUGCAACCCUUAAGUGAAUGAGGCAAGAUGAAGCAGAAUAUGCAAAAAAAAAAAAAAAUCCCCAAAGAAGAGGACUGCAAAGGUUUGAGCUUUUAAACAGUUUUUGCACUCUACAUUCUACCUUCUACCAUUCUACCAAACGUGUAACAUUUGUGGUACCCAUCAAACUAAAAUACAGUAACAGCUGGGGUAGUAAUAAUGACACCAUAAUAAGGGAUUAACUAAUAGGGAACAGUAGUUAGAACAGUUUACAUUCGGCUGUGGCCAAGAUUUAUCAAUGCAAAACAUUUACAGAUGUGGUUGGAAUUCAAUGUGUGGGUCAUUGGUGUUUUAUAUGGCUUUUGUGAUUGACUUAAAUUGAACAGUAAUGGAGAAAGCAUCCAAUUAUUCAAUAUGAAUGGUUGAGACUGUCUAAUUGGGUGCACCGAAAAAAUGAGAUUCCCAGUUCAGUUACAUUUACAAAAGAUUUUAGACAAAAGAAACCCUAAUAACCCAGGAACACCAACACUGACAAAGGAUUGCACAGACUGCUGUUGGCCAUCUAGGUCUACCACCCUCCCAUGUCUCUAUCAGCAACCUAGAUUGUCACUGAAUGUCAGAGUGGGAUAUUUUCUUCUAAUUGAACGCACAAUUUGAGAUACUCUCAGCUAACAUUGUCAUCAGGGUUGUAAAACAUGGCUGUUUUUUUUGCUGCAAGGUUUUAUCUGGCAGUGUCCAGAAAAGAAAUAGGAAACAACCAACAGCCAUUAAAUGGACCUGUCACUUCUACUGUCUGGUUUUGGGGCAGAUUAUGACUGACAGGACCUGUGUGGUGUCCAAGAAUUUUUAACACGUUGACUUUUCAUUUGGGACCUUGAACACCAGAUCUGGGCCUGGCUAAGGUCAUUACAUGAAAAUGUACCCAUAGAUAACAUGUUAAAAAGUCAUAUUUUGAAUUACUUUUAUACCCACUUAAUCAUAUUAAUCCAGUAUAUGUGUUCUGAUUUAUAUUCUGACUACACAAUUGGAAAAAUAUAACCUUUGUUCAGUUCAUCUAACAACAUACAAGUCAUAUUUUUGUGAUUUAACACAGAUGUGGGGAAGAGUACUGACUUAUCUGAUAAUUAAUUCAAUGCAACAGUGGCUGGGUACUUCUCCCUCCCAAAUAAAUAAAAAAGAAAAUCAGACAAAUAGUAUUAGGUUUACAUCAUUACUCAUUAGUAACUCAGCCCUAAAUUAUUUGACCUCACCUUGCAAUUGCUUCAAAGUGAGUCAAAUAUAAUAUGCCCCUCAAUCUUAAAUAUUAAAUGUGUUGAAGCUGCAUUUUUUUAUUCGCUAUAAAUAUUAUAAAAUGCUAGACUGAACCUAUACAAUACAAAUGACCCUAAGGUGUUCUAAUUUUCAUUGAUUCUUACUGUCUCCUCUGUUGAAAUGGCUAUAGAUGUUGAAAUAGAAAUAUGAAUAUAUAUUUUUAAAUGUUUCAACGCCUUAAAUUCUUGUAUGUUCCGCUUUAUAUGUAUAAAGUAAACGCUGACAAAAUACAUAGUUCCACCAAAAGACAGCCUAUAUUUGUUUUUUGUUUUAAUUUAGGAAAGGGCAAACCUAAUCUCUUUUGCACAAACUGUUCAACUGAUGUGUUAAACCACUUGUACAAAAUGUUUUUGUUUCUAAUUCUAAAGUGAUUUUGAGGAAAUAAGAAAUUAUCUAGCUUUAUAAAUAAAAUGUCUAAUUUUCCCUG